UGAUACACUGAGUGCGCGCCUCUUUAAAGUUCUGGGAGGGUUAAUACAGGAAGUUACAGAAGCACAGUUAUGGGAAUCCUCUCAGAGCCCCUCCCACCAGUUACUCUCAGAGUCCAGCGCUCAGACAACAAAGCAGAGCCGCGGACUCGCGCAGUUCCACCGGACGCACGUGAGCUGCGCGUGAAUAAGGGUCUGAGCCUUGAGGUGAACAGGGUCAUCAGUGAGUGCUGUACAACAUGAUGAACAUGAACAUGAUGAACAACACCACCACCGCCACCACUGCCAUGACAACUACUGCCUGUGUAGAUGCCGAGGGCCUGGUAUCUUCUGCAUUAGCGCCUAUGCUAAUCCUGGACCUCAUCUUAGGGUUGCCAGGAAAUGUUUUUGCGUUAUGGAUCCUCGGUUUUAAGGCUCCCUGGAAGCCUGCUAACAUUUACCUGCUCAACCUAGCGCUGGCUGACGUUCUGCUGCUGAUUGGCCUUCCCUUCCACAUCAACAGUCUGGUCCGUGGGGGCUGGAUCUUCCACGAUUCCUUUUGUCGCAUCAAUCUCUUCAUGCUGUCGGUUAAUCAGUCGGCGAGCAUCGCCUUCAUGACCGUUUUGGUGGUGGACCGGUUCUUCAGGAUCGUUCGCCCACACCACUCUGUUUGCAAUCUGAGUAUAAAGUGUAUCGUGAUGAUUAGCAGCGGAGUCUGGGCUGCUGUGGUAGCUCUUCGUCUUCCUCUUCUAGUGACUCCACUCCUCAGGAACUCUUCUGGGAACUUCUCCACGUCUCGUUGUUACAGUAUUUACGCGUGGGCGGAGUCUGGAACAGGAAUGAAGAUGCAUAAUUCCCUCUAUAUGCUGGAGUUCCUCCUGGCCUUCAUGUUGGUUCUGGUUUGCUCAGCACGGAUCUUUUACCAUCUCCGUGAUAACGCUCAGCUCAGACGCCAUCGCAGAGUCAAGCGCUCCUUUAAACUACUUCUAACUGUCGUCAUCAUGUUCGCCUUCUGCUUCCUGCCCAGUUACAUCACAGGUCUGUUAGCUUCCCUCCUCCUAGAUGGCUCCUCAUGCUCCUCAUUCGUACUGGUAGGAAAGCUCUUCAGCGUUUCAUUGGGCCUCGUCUACCUAAACUCCGCCCUGGACCCGAUCCUUUGCUGCUUAUCCAGUGCUUGCUUCCGUGACUUUUUUAAAGGAGCCUCCAACAAAACAGGACUCACUAAUUUCCGACUGAGCGUCAAGGAGACCAGAUCACCUAGACGUAACUGAUGGAAACCAUAAAAAACAACUUUAUUACACAAACUCAACUACAGUAAGGGCUGAAAUGAUUAGUCAAUAUAAUUGUUAAAUUGUAAGAGUCCUGCAUUACACACAGUGCUGGGGACAGAAGUGCAACAUUAGAUGGACAAAUGGCUCAUUUAAACAGUUUAAAUUAAACUCAGGCUGUGUCUCCAAAUGUGCCCAAACACAACAGAUCAUACAGGGGUUGGACAAUGAAACUGAAACACCUGUCUUUUUAGUGUGGGAGGUUUCAUGGCUAAACUGGACCAGCUUGGUGGUCGAUCUUAAUUAAUUGCACCUUAUUGCACCAGUAAGAGCAGAGUUUUGCUCAAAAUUUUGAAAUGCACACAACAUUAUGGGAGACCAGAGUUCCAGAGAUACCAGAGUUCAAAAGAGGACAAAUUGUUGGUGCACGUCUUGCUGGCGCAUCUGUGACCAAGACAGCAAGUCUUUGUGAAGAGUCUUUGUGUAUCAAGAGCCACGGUAUCCAGGGUAAUGUCAGCAUACCACCAAGAAGGACCAACCACAUCCAACAGGAUUAACUGUGGACGCUGUAAGAGGAAGCUGUCUGAAAGGGAUGUUCGGGUGCUAACCCGGAUUGUAUCCAAAAAACAUAAAACCACGGCUGAUCAAAUCACGGCAGAAUUCAAUGUGCACCUCAACUCUCCUGUUUCCACUAGAACUGUCCGUCACCACAAUAAAUUAUUGUGCUCUAAAACCAGGUGUUUCAGUUUCAUUGUCCAACCCCUGUAGAUUUACUUACUAAAUAUCAGUACUGUCCACGUUUAAACAACAUCCAGACAUUUAAAUGCCUUUUAAAUCUCAUGUUCUGCUGUUUCUAUUGUUUUUAGAGAUGGAGAACAUGGCAGAAAUAAUCGCUGACUAAUCGACUAAUCGAAAAAAAUAAUCAUCAGAUUAUUAGUUAGUCGACUAGCAAAAUAAUCAUUAUUUGCAGCCCUAAUUACAGUAUAUAAAGUGGCAUAUUAAAGAAAUACCAAAAAAAAAAGCUAGGGGCCAAAGCACAUGUACGUUUUAUGUAUGUAUGUAUUUUUUAAAUAUUUUUAUAUUUUUUCUUUAUAAACCAAAAUGUCAAUAGUUUAUUCAAAAUAUGCCAAGAAAUGGCACUUGACCUUGAAAUAUUGUAUUAAUAUGUAAAUAUGCAUUAUGCAUUAUGAUGUAAAAUAUAAAAUAUAUAUCUAUAUAUAACAAAAGGCUACAUUAGCUAGAGAUCAUUGUUAAACCUCCUCAGGAGAUUUUCUUCAACUAGACACUUUUUAGUUAUUUUAUUUUAAUUUUUUAGAUCAAUUUCUACAUGGAAAGAAAGAAAGAAGGAAAGAAAGAGAGAGUAAGUGAGAGAGAGAGAGGGAGAGAGAGAAAGAAAGCAAGAAAGAAAGAGGGAGAGAGAGAGAAAGAAAGAGAGAGAGAGAGUGAGAGAGAGAGAGAGAGAGAGAG